UUUUCUUCUGCUGUGAAGUUGAACAUUUUAAUAUGGAGGCUUAUGGAUAUUGACUUGUUCUGUAGUCAGCCUUAAGUGGCCAUUCAGGGAACUUGGCACUGGAUUCGCUUCACAGUCACUUGAUCAAAACAUAACAAUAUUUCACAAAACUUUCACAGACCGCAAUAUUUCAGAAAAAAAACCAACAUCACAGGACAGGGCGUUUACAAAAACACAGACAUUUGAGUUUACGUAAAAGUUGGGACAACACUUCAUGAGUUCAUGUGUUCAUGAAUAGACACAGCCCUGGCCACAGUUCAAUGUAAUUUCCGGUUUCUAUUGUGUACAACUAUCAGCAGAGUCCAAACAUUUUAAGUAACAUUUAAGUUUUACAGGAUGAAAGAGGAGACUGUAAUCAUCAGACAUAGUUUAACAAAGGACAUAAUUGUUGAGAUACUUUCAUAUCUAAGAGGUGGUCCUGAUCUCCCUGGGGUGCAAAGCUAAAAUGGGGCCAUUGUUUGAAUGCUCCAGUGCUCCCAAUCCUCCUUCCUUUAAAACAGUUCGCUCCAUCUGUUGGUCUAAGAAUAAGUAUAUAUAUAGCAGAGCGAGAGAGAGAAUACAAAGGUUUGGACUAGGAUUAUUUCAUUUAAUUUUCCACAUCACUGCUGAUCAAAAUUCAAAUGGUUAUGACAUGGGUUUAUUUCAUCAUUCCAUGGCCGGCUUACAUGGAUUCACUUUUUACACUACGUAACCUGAGGUGGAUGGGUUACACUGGAGUAAGAUGUAUGCUAAAGAGUACUAAGUGCAUCUGUAUGAAGUGCAAAGGCCCAUAACAAAAGUUUGUUUGCACCUCCCCAAAUGGCCAUUGUUUGCCAUAUCAGGACAGAAACUGGCCUUCAGUUUACGCCUGACGUCACACUGAGUAUUAAAAGCUGUGGUCAUAUCCUUGCCACCCCCGUUUGUGAAUUUUGACUCUCUACAACAUCAGACCACCUUUUCCGGAGCCGAACAUCAGGAGCGAUGGCGUUCCAGUCAAAUGUGAUCAGCUCUCAGCCUCAGGUGUCCGUCACACAGUACACUGUCUCCUCUGGAAUGUCAGAUUGGAGUUCAAAUGUGUGCGACUGCUGCGAAGACUGCGGCAUCUGUCUUUGUGCGUCGUUCGUCCCUUGUAUCCUGGCCUGUAAGGUGGCUCAGGACAACGGGGAUAGCUGCUGCGUGCCCUUCCUUCCUGGUGCCAUGAUUGCUCUAAGGACAAGCAUCCGCGGCAGAUACCACAUUUCUGGCUCGGUGUGUGAUGACUGGGUUGUCAUGGCCUGCCUGCCUCUGUGUGGACUGUGCCAGAUGGCACGGGAGCAGAAGAUGAGAGGAUAAAAAGAAGUCUAUUUUUUUUUUUUUUAUUGCAAAGAAAGAGGAUAUGUGGAUUUUUGCAUUGGUUGGUCUUAGACACUUGGUCUGUAUUUCACAUUCAAAAAAUGUUGACACUUAAUUAGCUACAUGUUGCCAAAGAUGUAGAACAAAGUUUAUAAUAAAAAUCAGACUUUAUUAUUAUAUUCACUAUUAUAGCAUAUUAUAUACUAUCUCAAAUAUAUAUUUUUUUUAAUUAGAAAUACAAUUAUAUACUAUUUCAAUAAAAGCCUUUACACUAAACCUUUGUCUUGGAAACUCGAGAAAUUCUGAGAUUUACAGCAACAAUGACUUUUCCCUUAUAGUAAAUCGGUUUAUAGUUUAUAGUGGUGAAUUUACAAACAUUAUUUAUUUGAAAUGUAAUUAUACCUGAAUGCUGCAUUUCUUGCAUACAGUAUUGCUGAAUAAUGUACAGUAUGCCAUGUAUUCAUCUAACAUUCAGUAA